GUUAUAGGCUAGUUUAUAGAUGGGGGGUGGGGCGGGGCCUAGUGCUGUAGCAGAUUAAUUAGGCUUUACAACAUACGCAUGCGCACGAGAGGAAGCGCGGAUAUGGUUGCUAACUACGUCCAUGGCAGCGCUAGCGUUACUAUAUGUCGACCAAAGACCGCUGUGAAAUACAAACCGCAGUGAAGUCUCGACUAUGUAACGUUGAGGAGCUCUACCAAUGUCUUGGAACAUGGCAAAGUUUAUUUGCACGAAGGCUUUAGUUUUAUACAUCUGGAGUGUUUUCAUGCAGCUCAGUCGCAUGUCAGGUCUUGGAGUCAAUGAACUACUCUAUUUCCGGGUUAUCAGUCCAGAGGAGAUAGGGUACAUCUUCAGUGCAGCACCUGCUAAAGAUUUUGGAGGAGAUUUUACGUCAUCUUAUGAUGAGAUUUUUCUGGUGCCUGCAAACCCAGCAGAUGGCUGCUCAGACCUAACGGACAGAGACACCAUCCGGGGACAAGUAAUCCUGGUGGAAAGGGGAAGUUGCUCUUUUGUACAAAAGGCCCGACAUGUGGAGGAAGCAGGAGGCAAAGCUGUUCUGAUUGCUGAUAAUGCAGAAGAUAAUGACAGUCAAUAUCUUGAUAUGAUCACUGAUGGAAGCACUGUCAAACCAAGCAUACCUGCUCUAUUCCUGAUGAUGAUCAGACGAUCCCUUCAGAGACAAGCGCUGCCGUGGGCUGUUAUCUCCAUCCCUGUCAAUAUUUCCUCCUUGGCCUCGUUCCCACUCAAGCAGCCACCAUGGACACUGUGGAUGCAACUGACAAGGACUCAUACAGUCAAACUCCGGUGCACUGAUGAAGGAAACCCUCAGUUGAACCCAUCCAGAGUGAGAAUCGUCUUGGAAGGGAUUGUGGUGAUGGAUGAGCUCGCCAACCUUCCUCAGGCCUUCUGCGUCCUUUUUGGACUGAUUUACGCCCUGCACCUGGAUUAUCCCAAGUACAUGAAAAACACUUUCUACUUUGUCCAACAGGUGAUGCUCAACCUGGGUAAAAGUCAGCUGGCACCAAAAAAUCAGACUCUGAAAAACCAGCUUGCAGUAUGAAAUGGGUUUUGGGUUGUCAUGCUACUGUUCUGGAUAUCAGGUGCUUAGUUUUCAAUGUUGCACUUUUAGAAAAACAUGUUUGCACUAGUUGUACUUCCUGUCUUAUGGUAUUGGCCCUGAUAUUGUGGUUUGAUCCCAUUCUGAUUCACAGGUCAUUUGUUCAAUACAUGUUAGGACUUGAGGGGUAUUACUGUAAUAUCUGUACUGUAAUAGUUUUAAUACUGUAAUAUUAAAACUUGAAAGUUUUAAGGCAAGGAAUUAUGUACCUUGACUUUAAUGUUGUA